AUGUCAGAAUAUUCUGGAGGUGAAGAUUUAUCGUUGCCGAAGGCAACAGUACAGAAAAUCAUUGGGGAAAUCUUACCCAAAGAUAUAGCCAUAACCAAGGAAGCUAGAGAAGCUAUUACCGAAUGUUCAAUUGAAUUCAUCAUGAUAUUAUCUACACAACUGAAUGAUAUAGCAGAAAAGGAAGCUAAAAAAACCAUUGCUUCUGAUCAUGUGGUCAAAGCCUUAGAAGAAUUGGGAUUUCACAGUUACUUGGAAAUAAUAAAUAAAGUGCUAGAAGAACAUAAAGAAUUAUUAAAGGGUAAGGAAAAGAAAAAUAAUAAGUUUCAAAACUCAGGAUUUACUGAAGAAGAAUUGUUAAGACAACAAGAAGAAUUGUUUAAGAAAUCAAGAGACAGAUUACAAAACACUAGUUUCAAUGCCAAUGAUGAUAUCAAAAGUGAAGUGAAACCUGAAAUAAAGAAUGAGUUAUAA